GAAUCCGAUCAGCUGGCUUUCAUCUGUCUCUCGCUCUGGUUGUCGGUCCCUUUUCAUUUUUUGUUUUCGUUUUUGUAUUAUUAUUGUUUUUAUAAAAUAUAUAUAAAUACACAUAUAUUUUUAUUUUUAUUUGUUUUUAAUCGUAAUAAUAUAUUAUUAUUAUAUCACUCUCAAUAUAUAUAUAGAUUUUUAAUUUGUUUGUUUCUUGUACAGUAUAUAAUAAAAAAAAAAAACGUUAGCCUUAAUUUUAUGUCGUAUUAACAACCGUUUACGAAGAUCUCUUGUAAAUAUAUUCAAUUUAUAUUCUGCUGCUAUCUGCCAUAUAGUAUAAAGUUCCUGACUGACCACAACUAUUCGUGUCACGAUUCGACAGAGAUAAAAUAAAGCAAGCCAAAAUGUUUUCGAACUUAUCCAGCUGGUUCUACGGAAGUAAUGCUACCGAAAAAAGUGACGAAGUUGUCGUCACUGAUCCUUGCCCAGACUCUUUAAUUGAAGUUGACGAGAACUUCGAACCAAUCGAAAUUGAUGAAUCUGAUGACUGGGUUAUCCUUGGAAAAGGCGAAUCUGAGUUGGAUUCUAAAAAGACUGAUGAUGAAGGGUGUGGAGGUGUUGUUGACCGACACAGCCGAUCAUCUUCUUCUUGUCAAAAUGAAGAAGGUUGGUUUGUCACUCCUCCUCCUUGCUUUACAUCCAUUGGUCCAGCUGACAUGGAGACAACACCUUUGGAGAAUCUUCUCAUUGAACACCCAAGCAUGUCUGUUUAUCACAGCCCCACUGUGAGUUCAGUACUGCCUGAGAAAAGAUCUCUAGCUUCAAUUGCGAGCAAUAGCGAAUCAUUUGAUGACGAUACACCAAUAGUCUUUGAAGCCGUAAAAUGUAAAGAAAAAACACCAAAACAACCCAAGAAGAAGACUUUGAAAAAAUCUGUGCCUCUUGAUGAAUUCAAAAUUGCACCUGAAAUAAUUUUAGGUGAUGUACCAAGUAUUUUACCAUCUCCUGUUGUUGAAGUAAAAAAAGUCGAACGUUCUCAAACAGAAAUGUUCCCAGUAUUGGCUCCAAUUUCUAAACCCAAAGCAACCUCUCCUCCAGCUGUUCGUAGUUAUAAAGAAGUAGCAGCAUCCUUAAAACGAAGACAACCAAAAAACGACAUGUCUGAAACAAAACAUGUUAAAAUUGAAUCCAAAGUUGAAGUUAUUGAGUCACCUCAACCAAUUUUGUCAUUGGAAGAAGAAACACAGGCAGUUGUAAAAGUCUCAACACCUAAAAAAGUUAUGAAGAAGGGCCGCAAACCACCAUGUCCGUUGCCUCAUUUAAUGAAAAAUGAGUCGCAAAAGUCGACCCCAAAAGAAAUAAUUGUUCCUAAAAUUCGUGCCCAAGAACGAUUGGUCAAGUUGAGUUCCUUUAGCAUAAUACAAUCUGAUGUGCCAAAAAGCUGUAAAACACCAAAAAGAAAUGCUACAAAACCAGUUGUUGAAAAACAACAAAAGUUGAUCAGUAAUUCAACAGUUUGUGUCGAAGCACAAAAACCUGUGUCUGUUGUAGAUACUGAAGAAAAAAAGAAAAAGAAGGUACAACAAAAAUCCAUUGUUAAAGAAGUAAAACAAGAGGUAAUUGAAUCUCAUCCAAUUACCCAAACCGCAGUGGUAAGACCAAAAUGUGAUGUGAUUGAAAAGAGAGACCAAAAGUCUCCCGUAAAAAAAGAGAACAUCAUCAUACCAUUGACGACUUCCAUUGCACUUAAUUCUUUAGUGUCUCGACCUGAAGAAAAUGCUUACAAGCACGAGUUGCUUAAAAGAGAGCUGGCAAUGAUUGCUGGCACCAAUAAAGCACAGAAGCUGCAAGCUCACAGAGAAACUCGUAUUUUAAGUCGUAACCAGCUGACACAUAUCAAUCGUGUAAAUUUAAUGCUGAGUGCAAGUAACAAAAGACUGAGGAGGGCCGACAAGAACAUGCGACCGUCGGGUGCUAACAACAACCGUAAAUGCUGUUAACUAAAUAAUAAAAAAAAAAAUCAAUUAUACUGGCUUCUAAUAUAAUCAGUUAGUAAAAUUAUAAUAGGUUGAAAUAAUAUUAUUUUAGCUUACAUUGGGUCGAGGGAAAAAAUAACAAAAGACAAAAAAAGUAAAAAAUGUUAACAAAAUAGAAAAGUAUAAAAAAAAAAAUUAAAAAAAAAAUGCGUGUAUUAAUUAUAUAAUUAUUAUAUCCAAUUUAUAAACAUUAGUUCACUGCAUUAUUUAUAAUAAUUUUUAGUAACUGAUUAAUUAGGGAAUUACUAAUUUUUAAACAAUUUAUUUCUUCUUCAAUAUAAGCGCUAUUACUUUUAGCUAACAAAUUCUAUAUAUUAUAUAUUGCUACUUGUAAUCAAAUUUAAAAAAAUACAUAUAUUAUUUAAUUAUUAUUUAAAAUAUUAAAAUAUAUGGUAAGUGUUUAUAAUUGAAGAGAAAUAAGAAAUAAAUUAUUUAGAAUAAAGUAAGACAGUGUUAUGUUUUUUAAAUUUACCUUACACCAUAUAUAUAUAUAUAUUUAUAUAUAUUAUGUUGUUUAAGUUAAAAAUUCAUUGCUGAUUAAGUUACCAAGCAAUAAAAACUAAUAUUUGGCCAGUAUACAGAUAUUUUAUUAAAAGUAUUUCCUCCAUACAUAAAAACCAAAAUAAAUUAUUAUUUGUACCUGAUAAAAAUGACCAGCUUUUUGAGCAGUUCUAUAUUGUAUGUACGCCUUUUAAAAAUUAAGUUAUAUUUUAUGUUGUCUUUAAUUUAUUUAAAUUAACAAUAAUAUUUAAAUUGUAUUUAGUUAUAUUUGUAAAUGUCAGGUGUAACACCAUUACAUUUUAACUUUAUAAUCAAUAUUGGUAAAUGUGGUGGCUAGGCCUUACAUUUAUGUGUAUAAUAAUUUUUAUUUAUUUAUUUUUAUGUUUUACCAUAUUAUAAUUAAUUAAAUAUAAUAUUCUCUAAUGCUGUAAGAUUAUCAUUAAAAUGAAAAAAAAAAUUAUAGUAUACAUAAAUAUUAUAUAGCUGUACAUUAUAAUGUAGAAUUUUUUUUUUCAUUCAACUAAAAAAUAAUAUACAUGACAAUAAUAUGUCAAAAUAUGUAAUACACAGUUUCUAAAUAUUAUAAAUAGGUACAUAUUAUAAAUAUUGUUUUACUUCUUAAAUUUCUUUACUAUAUAAAUUAUUACAAGCACUGAUAUUGGAUUUGUAAAUAAUUCAUUUUAUUAAUUUGGUUACACUAUAUUUUUUUCUGAGUUUUUUCAGAGUUGUCUGAGUUAAUUAUUGAAUAAUUGAUAAUGUUUAAAAUUAUAUAUACUAGUUAACGAAUAGAUAGUAUUGGACAGUUGUUCAUCAAUCAUUACUAAAAUUCAGCAAUAAUUUGAGUUCAUAAUAUUGUUCAUUGAUUAAUAAUUACUAUAAUUACUAUUUAUUGAGAUUAUUUCAAUUGUCAUUAUAAAAGUAUGACCAUCAGUCAUCAACUGAUGUUCCAAACAUAAUAGAAAUACCUAAGAAAUCCAAUUGUAAAUGAGCUUUCAGUUAUACAUUAUAAAAAUAUCAUAGUAGUGUUAACUAUUGUUUGUAAUGUGUUAUUGAAAACAUUUUUUUUGAAGAGUAAAGUGUGUGAAUUGAUGUAUAAGUAUAAAUGGUAUUGGUAUUUAUAAUACUCAAAAAUUAUUUGUUAAAUAUUACCUUUUCUUUUUUAAUUUUUAAGCUAAAAUAUUAUUUAUAAUAUUUAUAUUUAUUGCUAACAUCUAAGUUACAUCAGCAUUGUUAUAAAUUGUUGAUAGCUUUUUUUUUAAUUUUAUUUGAAUGAUUAUUUAACCGUGUAUACACAUUUAUUAGAGUAAUGUGUACACAAGACCACGAGAUUGUAAAUGCUUUAUUAUUAUUAUUACUAUUAUUAUUAUGGAUAUUUUAUCAUUUUUCUGAUUUGGUUUGUAAUAUUAAAAAUAAAAGUAUGUCAAAACCUGUGAUCUAAAAUAAAACUUC